AGAUAUCUAGCCUCAAAAUUCGGGUGCCUAGCCAAAGCCAUUGAGUAUCUUCACAGCCAAAAGAUUCGCCACAAGGACCUAAAACCAUCUAACGUUCUACUUGGUCGAGACAACUUAUGGCUCACUGACUUUGGAAGCUCCACGGACUUUUCUAUGCUCUCCAUGAGUGCAACUGAAAACGGAGAGCGCGGAACUCCCAAAUACUUCGCGCCUGAAGUAGCAUUAUAUGAACGAAACGGUCGUUCCGCAGAUAUGUUUUCACUAGGUUGCAUAUUCUUAGAGAUGCUUGAGCUGUUAAGA